UGGAAUUUACUUUGCAAAUGCGUUUUCAAAUCCGAUACCAAGAUGAUCGAAUGAUUUUUAAUGGUGUUGGAUCUAAUCGAUCUCAAGUCAUUAUAGGAGAAGAAGAUUUGAAGAAGGAGUUGUGGAUACCUCAUGUGUUUUUUGUCAAUGAAAAGAGCUCUGGCAUUCUCGGAACUCAAAAUCUUGAUAUUAUCACUGCAAUUCAUCCUGACGGAACUGUCAUAAUUUCAUCAAGAGUUCAAGUAUCGCUUUAUUGCUCGAUGGAGUUUCACAAGUUUCCAUUAGAUUUGCAAAAAUGUAAAUCAACAAUUGGAAGUUGGAUUUAUAACAAAUCUGAUGUCAACUUACAUUGGGAACCAGUUAAUCCAUUCGCAUUGGGUUCUGAUAAAAUCCUUACUGAAUAUACGUACUUGGAUAUUGCAUUAAAGGAAUCAGAAAUUGAUGCAUUUAAAGGGCUUCAGUAUGGAGAUAUGACUGGAAAUUAUAGUUGCUUGAUUUUUACAAUAACAUUUGAUCGUUCACUUGGAUUUUACUUGCUCACUUAUUAUUUUCCAUCAAUAAUGUUGGUUGCUAUUUCUUGGGUUUCCUUUUGGCUUCAAGCUGAUCAAACAGCACCACGAUCAAUGUUGGGUACAACAUCAAUGCUUACAUUCAUAACACUCUCAUCAUCCCAGACUAAGGCACUUCCAAAAGUCAGCUACAUCAAGAUUUCUGAAGUUUGGUCAGUUGUUUGUGCAUUGUUUAUCUUCGCAAGUUUGAUUGAAUUUACAUUUGUCAAUCUUCUAUGGAGACGUAAAAGAGAUCUUGUAUUGGAUGAGGUGGGACCUGUAAAAUUGCUAGCUGUGUACUAAAAAUAAUGAUUUCAAUGUCGUUUUACAGGUUUCAACAGCACAAAUCCUAAAGCAGACACUGACACCGAUUUUAAGACGAAAAUCAUUCCAACUUGAUCCUGAAAUAAUUCGAACAUUCUGAUACAGCCUUACAUAAAGAUCCACCUCCACAAGCUUUGGUAGCCAAGCCUCAUUACGGUCCAAGACUCUCAGUUCCAAAUCAGACACAAUAUUGCCUUGUAACACCAACAAUAAAUAUUAACAACAAUAAAAAUGUAAAAGACACAUCGAUUCCCAUACCAGGCAAUGGAUUUGACGGUAGUGAUUUCAAUAUCGAUGGAAAAACAACAUUAACUCACAAAGAAAUUGCAAUCUUACUUGACAAGGAAGCUCGUUGGGUCUUUCCAUGCGUUUUCUUCAUCUUCAAUAUUUGUUUUUGGAUAUUUGUCAGCUUUUAAUGAAAAAAGAUGUUUUGAGGAAGGAAGAUAUAACUGCUGAUUUUAAAUUCUUUUCUAUUCUUGCACAUUAGGACUGCUUAAAAGUUGCCUAUGCAAAUGAUCAGUAACUGAUCUUCUUUAUAAAUUUUUUAAAAUAAUGAAAACAAUUUCAAAUGCAAAAUAAAAGUUGCUUUGAAACUAAUAAAAGUAAUCAUCUGAGCGCCUAGUGCUCUACUGUUGUGUGAAUCAUGAUAUCUGAAUUAUCAAAUUUUUCUACAAAUGCCAUUUCCGAAACAACGAUUUUUAACACAUAUCUACUCAGUCUGUUGUCAAAAAUUGACCGUGAAGCAGUU